AGAACCCGUACGACAUGUUCCGCCAGAGGCGAUAAUGGAACGGUUGGCGCGAGACCAGGUCGAGCGGCAGCUGGCGCAGAGGAUGGAUCGAACACGCGUUGCUCCAUGGGCCGAGCCUGAGGAGGGACGACGGGGUGGUGCGACCUUGAAGAAGAAAGACAAGGAACCCAAGAAAGCGGUCAUGACCACUCUCUCUGGGUUUCGCGUCCUCACCGAUCCCUCUCCACCGUUACCGGAGCGCGUCUCCCAGCCACGCGGAAUGUCGCGAAACGCGUCGGUUCGGUCUCCUCUUGGCGCUGUCCAAGCCCAGGAGCGGACACGCGUCGACUCUAAGGCGACCCUUCUCAGCUUCAGGUCCAACCGUUCAGCCACCAGUGCGAAGACAACGUCGAGUGUUGCGACUUCCUCUACCACCGCUAGCUCGGCAACAACAGCUAGCGCGCAGAGUAUCACUAGCCAGUCAAGUGUUAGGAGUACUGGUCAACACAGCACGAUAAGAGAUGCCUCUUCGAUUCGCAGCAAGAACCCCGACGGUCUCGAAAGGAAGAAAUCCCGUUCCCGGCUGGGGUUGGAUUCGCUGUUCAACGUAUGGGGACCUAACAAGGACGCUGGGAAGGAGUCGGCUGAAGACAUCACCGUGACCGAGGUCAAAGAGAGAGAAAGGUCACUGUGGUCCAGGACGCUCGGAAGGAAGAGCGUGGAUAAAGAACGUGCCCCUGCCACAUCGUCUAUUGGAAGACGAAGUGGAGAGAGUCGGCGUAGUAUGGAGACCGAGCGUGCUCGCUCUCCUACACCUUCGCUAUUCUCUGGUCGUUCUGUUUCUCGCGCGACUUCCCCAUUUCCAGACGAUCAAAUUAUUGGGCCCGAGUCUAUUGGUAUGGUCCUCGACCAUAUACCUCGGUCUACUUCGCCUGUACCUGGCUUCUUAGCACCACUCACGAACAUGACAACCCUGACCCCUGAUGUGGGCUAUCCCGGUCUCGUCCCUCAAGACCAGGAUGACAAGGGAGACAAACACGGACCGCGUUUCAUGCGUAGUAUCCGCAGCAUCGCUACGUUCCGCCAGAAGCAGAGGGAGGACAAGGGUCGUGACCGUGGGGGAUCGACUUCCUCCGGCUCGUCCUUUGAAGCCGGCCGUCCAAGCGCAGAUAACAGCCCUGUCAAGCCGCUCAACGCAAACGCGAGACGGUCGGAAGACGCACCAGCAGCCGGUCCUGGUCCGUUGAUCGGAACUGUCCGCUCGGUCAAGGAUGUUGCAGACAGCACCAUCCGGGGCGCUGCGAGCAUAUUCCACUUGCGUUCGAUUAGCAGGGCGUCAAACCACUCUGACACGGAGAAGGUUCGGAAGCCACGAAGCUCCACAGGAACCUUCGAUUCUGUCUCUUCACGGGACGUCACCUCCCUUCCGCCGCAUCUGCUUCGCCGAGACUAUCCGACACCUCCCACCUCAGAGCUCCAGGCAGCCACCCAGGAAGGAGCCAAUGUCGCCAGGACUGGAUCUAAGAUGCGCCGUCCUGGUCUCCAGGGCCUGUUCGACGGGAUCAAGAAGCACAGGGCUGAGAGGUCCGUGUCAUCUACGAAGCCGGAUCGGGAUAGCUGGGUCGAAGUUGAGCGACCGAGUUUCGAGUGCAUGGACGACGGGAAGGAAGUCAUCCCCCUUCCCAUCCCGUACGUGCUUCCUGAAUCUAGCGAACCGUUCGAGGGUCUGCGCGUCCUGCGUCCCAUGAGUCCGAUUACGCAGAUUGCUAACGCGACCUACUUGCCGGAUCUGCUUGACCCUACUCCGAAGAAAGAACCUGUGGCUGCGAAGAAGGACGAGGCUGAAGAAAGGCAGGCGACGGUGGGACGCACGGUCCGGCUUGUCCCUCAGCGGGAUACACAGCGCACGCCUCGGAAGAGCCAGCGUCCGAUGAGUGACGGUGUGAUGAUGGAUUUCAUGAAGGAUGAACCGAGUGAUAUAUCUGCUAUUGCAGCUGCUAACUCGGACCUGUCAGAUCUCAUCUCAAGACUGAAUCUUACGAUUGGUGUCACACCGGAAUGUUCUCCUGCCAGGCCGGGACAACGUCCUCCUCUCGACACGGGCGCGAGCCUGUUUGUCCGCUCCGCCAUUACUCGCACUUGUACCAACCCGGACGCAGCAAGCCUUCAAGCGACGCCAAAGGUCCAGUCCCGAACCAUUGAGGAUGACGCUGCUGUGUUGUCUUUACCCACUCCGGACUUGGAGGACUCUCCUUUCACUGUAGCAGAGCGUAUGCCCAGCUUAUCGAACCUCAGGGGCAAGCAGAACAAGACGCUGUCUGCUGCCGCACGCGAGGAGUGGAUGGAUCUCUUUCCCGCAGCUCUCAGUUCAGCUCCAUCAGCCGACCUGAGGGACAUCACCCCUGAACCUACUCCGGCUCGUGAAGAGUCUGAUAUCAGGCUGAGCGCCGACCUGCAGACGAUCGACUUUGCCAAAGCUGCUGUUUCCUCGAAGCUGAAUUCUCCAGAGCGGGUGGGGAUCGAUUCCACCCUCACCUUAUCUGGGGAAGGAACAAUCGGUAGCCUUUUCGCAACGCCGGCAAAGCCCGAACUCGGUUCGAAUGUUCCGGUCAAUCAGAGGGUGCAAGCACUGUCUGGCAACGAGAACGUAGCAUCGAUCUCGCUCACGCCUUCCUCCCUGGAGUUCAUCCGCGGCAACUACCUCGCGUAUAUGGCACAGGACGCGAGUCUUUCGCCGUCAUCCCCGUCUGUCUAUGUUUCCGCACAGGAAUCCCUUGCCAAAUCAACGGAAUCCGAACAUGAAGUACAGCGCAGCGCGCUAGGAAGGGCAAUCUUCGAGGCGCUGGAGGGUGUUGCUCGCCGGGCGCAGUCACCACCCCCGGAUAUACCGCUUCCACCGACUCCAGAGGCGGAGCACAGUUUUUCCCUUUUAAUGCCUGGUCGAAUGCCUUCGAAGGAUGCAGAGUUUUCCUCAGAACCGGAUACGACAUUGUCUACGCCAACACGGGAAUCCUUCGGCGACUCGCCAUUAGAACAGUCCCCUGCCUCCCGUAUGUCAUCUGGCACGGAAGACAGCCUCGACUUCACCGAGACAUACAACCAAUUGGCUGGUCCGUCCUCCCGGAACCGGAAGAGCUUCGUCAAGUAUGUUGCCGGUCUAUCACAAGAAAUGUUCGGAGAUCAAGAGUACUUGUCGUCGGUGCUGAAGAUUGACAAGACAUCUGCACAAGUGGACAGUCCAGCACCCGCGCCCAUGGCGGUAAGCGGUGAUGAAACAGAAACUCAAAUUCGCAAGGGUCGCGUUCCCGUUGACUCAUUCUCGUCCUUGCCUUCGAUGUACAAUGAACGUGUGCCAGGAAAUUCCGCGCUGCUGAACAUCACCGAACCGGCCUUGGAAAGGUUGUCCUUGGGUGUCAGCGACGACAGCGACGAGCAAGCUGGUCAACAUGAAGGAGUGGCAUUCCCUCAAAGCCAGCCCAAUCGCGACUCUUAUGCCUCGUUCAAUUCUUAUGCGUCGUCUGCAGUCAGUCCACCUUCAGAGAGUGAUACCCAACAAAGUAUCCCGUCCAUUUCCUCAUACGGAGCGAUUAUCAACCCUGGUGCUGCCAAUCCGAUGGGCUACACUACCUCUGAACGCGCCCGUCUUGUUUCGAUCGACAGCAGCAUUUGUCCUCUGACAGCAGAGGCCAUGGCAUCCAUGGAUGAGGAUCAGCUCAGACGCCGUUUCAAUAGGCAGUCAAACGACAGCGUUGCGUCAACAUGGUCGUAUCAUGCGCCAAGCCGACCGGGUAUCCCCUUCUCGUAUCGUCCUAAUACCAACCGGGAUUCCAUCCCUGGACCGCCCCCCGCUUUCCUUAACAACAAUAAGCGGAACUCUCUCAUGCGGAACCGGGGCGAGUCGGCUGAUAGCCAGUCUGUCGCGCAAGCCUAUCAAACAUACGGAAGCGUUGGAGGCAUCGUGGCUUCCGCUAGCAACAGUCGGGACGUUUCAAGAGAUAGCAUUUUCAGUGAAGGUUCGGAUAUGAGUCCCAUGUCCAUCCAAAGACGGGGUCGUCCUGGUAUUGCAGACGACAAGAUGUUCCAAUCCGCGAAUACCGGCACAGUUUUGGAGUCUAUCGUCACAUCCCCAGGUGGAAGUGAAGCAGACUUCAGCAGUCGUCCAUCGUCUGAUUCUGAGUGGCAUUCAAGGGCUGGAAUGGAGACUGACGAUGAACGAUUCUCCGAUGACGACGACUCAUCGUUCCCCACGGACUCAAAGCGUGCUUCGCUUUCUGACUCCUUGUUCUCGAGGGAAAGCACUUCAGACAUGUCAUCCGUCCCUGGGUUGUUCCACGGCCACAUCCGCAAACCUCGGCCGAUUUCUGCAAUGAGUCAAGACUCUGGCUUUGCACCAGGACCUGAUGACACAAUGAUGACCAUGCUCAACGGUGAUGUUGCUUGGACCCAUCGAUCAAGUAUGCUGAGCUCGCCGAGUGUACACGCCGCUUUGAACAGGCAGCUCAAGGCAACAGACGAGGGCAGAAGGGUCGCUGAGGAGUCUGAUAUCAAGGAGAAACCAUCAGACUCUACACGGACUGUGCGCUUCAGCGAAUCAAAGGUGUCAAACGUGUUCGAUGCCUGGCGAUCUGGUGAACAAAUGGAGAAAGUGGCUUUGAGCGCUUCCGGGUUAAGUGAUCAAAUUGCCCAUGCGCCAAAGAUAGUCAAACCAGCACCACCUUCAGCCAGGAAGAAGGCUGGCGUAGAGCCGAGUCCGCGUGUAAUGCUUGGUGUUGGGUCUGUCCCCGAUACGCCUUCAUACACGUCCAGCGAGGCGGGGUCUACUUCAAGCACAGACCUUCCUAAGCUGCAUGCCACACUCGGCAACGCGUCUGCUCCAAACGUGAGGAACAGCACACCUGUGGCUGCUCCCGGACGUGCACGACCUCAUGGCCAGGGACAUCGCCAAUACAGCGGGCAUGUGAUCGACACGAUCACUGAGGAGAGCUCAACGGCACAACCAAGUCCAAGCGACCGUUCGCGUCGAGCGUCCGUGGAGUCUGACAUGGAUGUUAUGAACAAUGUGAACAGAACCCGUCGCGAGGGCCUGGAGAAGAAACAUAGCUUCGCGCAGGAACUGCGUCAGAGUCAAGUGCUCUUCCCGGGUAUCGUGGAGCCAGAGGAGGUGGAAGACGAUCGUUCGGAGCUUCCUACUACUCGUGAAGCUAUUUUGAACUUCUUAGCCAUGUCCCAGAACAAGUUCAAGCCACGGGAUGACCUCCCCGCACGUCCCCGGGUUCGCUCCCGGACUCGCUCUAGGACUAACUCAAAGCCCUCGCCAUAUCCCUUACCAGAAUGGAAGACAUCGGAAGUACCUGAUGUGCCAGCACUUCCCGCGACGACAUCAGGCAAGCCGGCUUCGAGAGAGGAGAGCAGACCCCCUCGAGAGCCGUUGCCGCCAUUGCCACUCCUGCCCAAGCAGGCCGCGUCGACCGCUCUGCCAUUAGCGGAUAUGAAGAUCUUCUCCCUCGAGGAUGCAAGACCAGUACGGCCAUCUGUGCUGGACGACGAGCAGAUGGGUCCCAUACGAACGGCGAUUGUACAACGACCUCGUGUGAAGAGCACCGAACGGCGUCACGCGUUGGGUCCGGCACGCCGGUCAGAGAACGUACCUGGCCAGAAGGCCUCCCUGGCAGCAGUUCGCAAGGGCUUCGUGAUGGAGCAAGCAGCCAAGCUGGAGGCAAAUGACUCCAAGAUGACCAUCUUCACAGAGGAGACCACGUUGAAGCCUCGACGAGGAAAGCCUACAACAACCUCUACAGCAAGGGAGAACGAGACGGUGGGCAUGCUUCUCAGCCCGACCGAUUCAUUGCGUGUUUCUCGACCCAAGCCAAAAGGCCGGCCUGGUAGCCGUGCCGCGGCCCCGAUCCUCCUACGCAAUUGAUUUUCAUGAACACUAUCUGUCCUUUUCCACUCCCUGUUGCAUAUUUACGCUUGUUACACCAUUCUGUUUUUGUGUCUCGUCUGGAAACGCCUCUCCCAUUCUGUGUGUCGACAAGAAUGGGUGCGUUAAGAAGGUCGAACUUGUCCAGUUUGAAAACGUUUCUACGAAGGGCGGGAAACAUGGUACAGAGUUAUUCCUCGAACGCUAACAAAUUUGCUAGGUAUGUAAUCGUAUUGUAACACCUUCCAUCCUUUCUCCUGCUGCUCAUGUAUCCAUCGCGAAGAACCUGCUUGCCAAACGCACAGAUCGUCGAGGCUGUUCUGAUGCCGCUGCACUACCAAAGCUCUCGUCCGACACCGGUGUGCCCUCCGGGUCCUCCAGCGGUCGUUUAGGCGCCCGUAUGCUGGUGACGGUGCGAACCUUCUUCACCUUCACUACUUUCUUGACCUGGACGACUUUCGG